UUAAGCCGUCACUGUCAGAGUGACAUUUGACCUCAAUCGUCCCACAAUUUUUAAUUUUAUAUUGAAAUUGAAAUUUAUGACGAAUCUAUGAAUUAAACAAUGUCUACUUUUAAAUUUAAUUUUUUGGGUAUUUCGGACAAUGAAAAAACAGAGGAUAAAAAUGAAGAAAUCAAGUGGUUUGAAUGUGAAGAGAUUAUACCGAACAAGCAAAUAGAUGAUUUAGACGAUAUUGUGGUUCAUGCAAAGAUGUUUGUAUGCGAUGAUGUUGAAAUAGGGCAUGUUAGUAGCUGUGAUAAACUAUUUUCUAGUGGAGAUUAUCAAUUUAAUGCAUUAGAAUUAGCUGAAAAGGAGCACAGUGAUUUGAUUGCUGGCAAAUAUGAAGGAGGUUUUAAAGUGUGGGAAUGCACAAGUGACAUUAUUAAGUAUUUAAUAGAUACAGAUAUCAAUUUUAAAGGAGCGAAAGUACUAGAUUUAGGAUGUGGUGUAGGCAUCCUGGGUAUCUAUGCAUUACAAAAUGACUCAAUAGUAACAUUUCAAGAUUAUAACAAGGAAAUAAUAGAGUGUGUUACAAUACCAAGUGUGCUUCUAAACAUUGAAAAAGAACAAAGACAGGAGAUAAUAAAAAAAUGCAAAUUUUAUUCCGGAGAUUGGGCAUCAUUUGAUAAGAAAUUAACAAACACUGAUGUUUAUGAUUUUAUUUUAACCUCAGAAACAAUUUAUAAUGAGAAAAAUUAUGAGAAACUUACAAAUAUAUUCUUGAAUAGGUUAAGCAAAGAUAGCAGUGCAUAUGUUGGAGCAAAAACAUGUUAUUUUGGUGUCGGAGGAGGAAUGAGACAGUUCGAAAUGUACAUACAAAAAACUGGUCUAUUAAAUAGCGAAGUUGUAUGGAAAAGUUCUGGUGGUAUACAGAGGGAAAUUUUAAAAAUAAAAAGAAUAUAGAAG